GGAAUGGCUAGAGUGUACAUGGAGAGGGUGAUAGAGAGAUGCGUCACUGUGUCACACAUGAAACAGGUCCAUUCUCAUUUCGUGACCGCCGGCCAUUUCCAGUCUUCCUAUCUCCGCUCUCGCCUCCUCGAGCGCUGCGCGAUUUCUCCAUUCGGAGACCUCUCCUUGGCCGUACAGAUUUUCCGUCGCAUCCCUAAACCUUUAACCAAUGACUGGAACGCAAUCAUCCGCGGAUACGCCUCGAGUUCUCAGCCGUCGCUCGCGUUUUCAUGGUAUCGCUCCAUGUUGUCGCAAUGUAGAGUCGACGCUCUCACUUGCUCUUUCACUUUAAAAGCUUGCGCUCGUGCUCUCUGCUCUUCCGCCACUCCCCAGCUUCACGCUCAGAUUAACCGUCGUGGGUUAUUCGCAGACGCGCUUCUCUGCACCACUUUGCUCGAUGCUUACUCUAAAAACGGAGAUUUGAUAUGCGCGCAUAAGCUGUUCGACGAAAUGCCUGUGAGAGAUGUUGCGUCAUGGAAUGCUUUGAUCGCUGGAUUAGCGUCUGGGAAUCGAGCUCACGAGGCAUUGGAGCUGUAUAAACGAAUGGAAUUGGAAGGAGUUCAAAGAAAUGAAGUAACUCUUGUUGCUGCUCUGGGAGCUUGUUCUCACUUGGGUGCUAUCAAGGAAGGUGAGAAGAUCCAUGGCUACGUAAAAGACUCAAACUUGGAUCGAAACGUGAUUGUCAGCAACGCCACCAUCGAUAUGUAUACCAAAUGCGGGUUUGUCGAUAAAGCUUUUCAAGUGUUCCAUCAGUUCACAAGCAAUAAGAGCGUUGUUACGUGGAACACUAUGAUCAUGGGGUUUGCUGUGCACGGAGAAGCGCACAAAGCCUUAGAGAUCUUCCAUAAACUUGAGCACAACACCAUCAAGCCUGAUGAUGUCUCCUACUUAGCCGCUCUAACUGCGUGCAGACACGCCGGAUUAGUGGAGUACGGUACAUCAAUAUUCAACAACAUGGCUUGUAACGGAGUCGAGCCUAACAUGAAGCAUUACGGUUGUGUGGUUGAUCUGUUAGGCCGUGCAGGAAAGCUGAGAGAAGCUCACGACAUUAUAUGCUCCAUGUCAAUGGUUCCGGAUCCUAUUUUAUGGCAAAGCCUUCUUGGCGCUUCAGAGAUUCACAAGAACGUGGAAAUGGCUGAGAUAGCUUCUAAGAAAUUGAUUGAGUUGGGUGUUAACAACGACGGGGAUUUCGUGUUGCUCUCCAACAUUUAUGCAGCGCAGGGACGGUGGAAGGACGUAGGACGAGUUAGAAAUGAUAUGGAGACCAAGCAAGUGAAGAAGAUUCCCGGUCUCAGCUACAUAGAAGCUGAAGGAACAAUACAUAAAUUCUACAACAGCGAUAAGAGACAUGAACAGUGGAGAGAGAUUUAUGAGAAGAUUGAUGAGAUCAGGUUCAAGAUAAGGGAAGACGGUUACGUAGCGCAGACGGGACUUGUGUUGCACGACAUUGGAGAGGAAGAGAAAGAGAACGCUUUGUGUUAUCACAGCGAGAAAUUGGCGGUGGCUUAUGGAUUGAUGAUGGUGGAAGGUGUGGGAGAGGAGACUCCCGUUAGGGUUAUAAAGAACUUGAGGAUUUGUGGGGACUGUCAUGUUGUCUUCAAACAUAUCUCAAAGAUUUAUAAGAGAGAGAUCAUUGUUAGGGAUCGAGUUCGGUUUCAUAGGUUCAAAGAUGGUUCUUGUUCUUGCAAUGAUUAUUGGUGACAUUAUAAUAUCAAGAGGCCAUAAUGAUUAUUAUCUAUCAGAAUGAUUAUUAGAAUUCCUAAUAAGAUUUUGC